AUGAAAGCAACAAAGAAAUUUCUUUGGGAUCCUUGGUUUCGGAUUAUAUAUUGAACAUUUACUAUUCCAUUGGGUGGCAUUGUCCAAAAGGAAAAAAAAAGAAAAGAAAAGAAAUGGAGAAUGUUGAGGCAUUUAGAGUCGGCAGUGCACGUAUUGGAAGUUCAAGCAUUUGGAGGAACAACGCCAUGGAAGCUUUCUCCAUGUCUGCUCGUGAAGAAGAUGAUGAAGAAGACCUGAAAUGGGCUGCCAUCGAGAAACUGCCUACAUAUUUGCGUGUGAGGAGAGGGAUAUUCACAGAAGGUGAAGGUCAAUCAAGGGAGAUCGACAUAAAAAACCUUGGAUUCAUUGAGAGAAGGAAUCUGCUGGAAAGGCUAGUAAGAAUUGCAGAAGAUGAUAAUGAGAGGUUCUUGUUGAAGCUUAAACAACGCAUUGAUAGAGUUGGACUUGAUAUGCCAACAAUUGAAGUCCGGUUUGAGCAUCUGAAUGUUGAAGCAGAAGCUUAUGUGGGAAGUAGAGCGCUGCCUACCAUAUUCAACUUUUCUGCAAAUAUUCUAGAGGGAUUAUUGAGUUACCUUCACAUUCUUCCCAAUAGAAAGAAGCCAUUACCAAUCCUUAAUGAUAUCAGUGGAAUUAUCAGACCUCGAAGAAUGACAUUGCUGUUAGGGCCUCCAAGCUCGGGCAAGACAACCUUACUAUUGUCAUUGGCUGGAAAGCUGGGCAAAGAUUUGAAAUUUGCAGGCAGAGUAACUUAUAAUGGACAUGGAAUGAAAGAAUUCGUGCCGCAGAGGACAUCAGCUUACAUAAGUCAAUAUGAUGUUCAUAUAGGAGAAAUGACGGUCAGAGAAACAUUAGCUUUUUCAGCAAGAUGUCAAGGUGUUGGACCUCGUUAUGAGAUGUUGAAGGAAUUGUCUCGUAGAGAGAAAGAAGCAAAUAUCAAGCCUGAUCCUGAUAUUGAUAUCUAUAUGAAGGCCGCUGCACUAGAGGGACAAGAGGCAAAUGUAGUUACAGAUUAUAUUCUCAAGAUAUUGGGGCUUGAAGUUUGUGCAGACACCUUUGUGGGAGAUGAAAUGAGACGAGGUAUCUCUGGUGGACAAAAGAAGCGAGUCACUACAGGAGAGAUGCUGGUUGGACCAGCAAGGGCACUUUUCAUGGAUGAGAUAUCUACUGGUUUGGAUACUUCAACAACGUUUCAUAUAGUGAAUUCAUUAAGACAGUCCAUCCACAUCCUCAAUGGAACAGCUCUGAUCUCUCUGCUUCAGCCAGCUCCGGAGACAUACGAUCUGUUUGAUGAUAUAAUUCUGCUUUCAGAUGGCCAUGUUGUGUAUCAAGGUCCCCGGGAAAAUGUACUCGAGUUUUUUGAAUACAUGGGGUUUAAGUGUCCAGAAAGAAAAGGAGUUGCUGACUUUUUACAAGAAGUGACAUCAAGGAAAGAUCAAGAGCAAUAUUGGGCACGUAAAGACGAGCCUUACAGUUUCAUCUCUGUCAAGGAAUUAGCUGAAGCAUUUCAGUCUUUCCACAUUGGACAAAAGCUUGGCGAUGAUCUUGCAGUUCCAUUUGACAAGUCUAAAAGCCAUCCAGCUGCUUUAACGAAAGACAAGUACGGUGUUUCAAAGAAGGAACUGUUAAAAGCUUGUGUUUCCAGGGAAUAUCUUCUAAUGAAGAGGAAUUUAUUCGUAUAUGUGUUCAAAAUGAUUCAACUUAUUUUCAUUGGAGUCAUAACAAUGACAAUUUUUAUAAGGACAGAGAUGCACCGAGAUACAAUAACAGAUGGUGGAAUUUUCAUGGGAGCUUUGUUCUUUAUUCUAAUUAUGAUAAUGUUCAAUGGAUUCGCGGAGCUUGCAAUGACCAUCUUGAAACUUCCUGUCUUCUACAAGCAAAGGGACCUUCUCUUCUAUCCUUCAUGGGCAUAUUCUUUACCUGCAUUGAUCCUUAAGACCCCAAUCAGCAUCUUAGAAGUUACCGUCUGGGUUUUCAUGAGUUAUUAUGUCAUUGGCUUUGACCCUGAUGUUGGGAGCUUUUUCAAGAAUUACCUAGUACUCCUAUGUCUUAGCCAGAUGGCAUCAGGACUUUUCCGAUUAAUGGGAGGAUUAGGAAGAAAUAUAAUUGUUGCAAACACUUGUGGGUCAUUUGCUUUACUUACAGUUCUUGUCAUGGGAGGAUUCAUCUUAACUCGAGAUGAUGUCAAGAAAUGGUGGAAAUGGGGUUACUGGAUUUCACCAUUGAUGUAUGCACAAAAUGCCAUAGCUGUGAAUGAAUUCCUGGGGAAGAGUUGGAGACACGUUCCUCCUAACUCUACUGAACCAUUAGGAGUUUUGGUCAUGAAAUCUCGUGGAAUUUUCCCUGAACCGCAUUGGUAUUGGAUUGGAGUGGGGGCUUUGAUUGGAUACUGUUUCCUAUUCAAUUUCCUUUUCACAUUGGCGUUAAAGUAUUUGGACCCAUUUGGGAAGCCUCAAGCAGUAAUAUCUAAAGAAACCUUAGCUGAGAGAAUUGCUAGCAAGACUGGAGAGAAUAUUGAGCUAUCAUCAAGGGGAAGAGAUUCUUCUGAGAGAAGAACAGGUGCAUCAUCGAGAUCGUUGUCUUGGAAAGUUACUAGUGUCAAUGAAGCUAAUCAAAAGAGGAAGAGGGGGAUGGUUCUUCCUUUUGAACCCCUUUCUAUGAGCUUUGAUGAAAUCAAAUAUGCUCUAGAUAUGCCACAGGAAAUGAAAGCUCAAGGUAUUUCAGAGGAGCGGUUGGAACUUUUGAAGGGAGUGAGUGGAGCUUUCAGACCCGGAGUCCUAACAGCUCUGAUGGGUGUUAGUGGUGCUGGCAAGACCACUCUAAUGGAUGUGUUGGCAGGAAGGAAAACCGGUGGUUAUGUCGAGGGAACGAUCAAAAUUUCAGGGUAUCCGAAGAAGCAGGAAACAUUUGCUCGUAUAUCCGGGUACUGUGAGCAAACAGACAUCCAUUCCCCCCAUGUUACAGUCUACGAGUCCUUGGUUUUCUCUGCAUGGCUUAGACUACCCCCGGAGGUCAAUUCUGAAACCAGGAUGAUGUUCAUUGAGGAAGUUAUGGAGCUUGUGGAGCUAAGUUCAUUAAGGGACGCACUUGUAGGAUUGCCAGGGGUGAAUGGUCUUUCAACUGAGCAACGCAAGAGGCUAACAAUUGCAGUUGAACUUGUUGCCAACCCAUCCAUAAUAUUCAUGGAUGAGCCUACAUCUGGUCUUGAUGCCAGGGCAGCAGCUAUAGUAAUGAGAACAGUAAGGAACACUGUCGAUACAGGACGAACUGUGGUGUGUACCAUCCACCAACCAAGCAUCGAUAUAUUUGAUGCUUUCGAUGAGCUGCUUCUGUUGAAAAGAGGAGGUGAAGAAAUAUAUGUGGGUCCACUAGGCCGCCAUUCUUGUCAUUUAAUAAAGUAUUUUGAGGAAAUAAAUGGAAUCCCAAAGAUAAAAGAUGGUUACAAUCCAGCAACAUGGAUGUUGGAGGUUACUUCAGGAGCACAAGAAGAAGCGAUUGGUGUCAACUUUACCAACAUAUACAAGAACUCUGAGCUAUAUAGGAGGAACAAGGCAUUGGUGAAGGAACUAAGCAACCCUGCACCUGGUUCCAAGGAUUUAUACUUCCAGACUAGAUAUUCACAAUCGUUGCUCACUCAAUGUAUUGCUUGUUUAUGGAAGCAGUAUUGGUCUUACUGGCGAAACCCACCAUACACUGCAGUGAGAUUUUUAUUCACAACUUUUAUAGCUCUAAUGUUUGGGACAAUAUUCUGGGAUCUAGGCUCCAAAAGAACAAGGCGACAGGACGUUUUCAACUCAAUGGGUUCUAUGUAUGCUGCCGUUCUCUUUAUAGGAUUUCAAAAUGCUGCAUCGGUUCAACCCGUCGUGGCAGUUGAAAGAACGGUUUUUUAUCGAGAAAGAGCCGCUGGGAUGUAUUCAGCACUACCAUAUGCAUUUGGACAGGUUGUGAUUGAGCUGCCAUACAUUUUGGUUCAGACUGUCAUUUAUGGAAUUAUAGUGUAUGCGAUGAUCGGAUUUGAAUGGACUUCCGACAAGUUCUUCUGGUAUCUCUUCUUUAUGUAUUUCACCUUCUUAUACUUCACCUUCUAUGGGAUGAUGACUGUGGCUGUCACUCCCGACCACAAUAUUGCUGGCAUAAUUUCAUCUGCCUUCUUUGCACUUUGGAAUCUUUUCUCCGGAUUCAUCAUCCCCCGAACGAGAAUUCCUGUGUGGUGGAGAUGGUAUUAUUGGGUUUGCCCUAUUUCUUGGAGCUUGUAUGGACUAAUUGCUUCACAGUAUGGUGACGUACAGGACAAAUUUGGGUCCGGUGAAACAGUGCAACAUUUCGUAAGAAACUAUUUCGAUUUCAGAGAGGAAUUCGUGGGAGUCGUUGCAAUUGUAGUAGUUGGUAUAUGUGUGCUCUUUGGAUUCAUCUUUGCAUUCUCAAUCAAAGCAUUUAACUUCCAGAAGAGAUGAGACUACCAUUUUCUCAACUGCAGAUUCAAAUAUGUUUUCCUCAUUUAAGAUGCAUAAUGUUCAGCUUCUCAGGGAAGAAGAAAGAUAAACAUGAUCAGUGAGGAGUUUUGUUCACUUUGUUCUCUGUAUUGUAUAGGUUUUCUACUUCUUUUGCCAAUUAGUCUAUCAUCUUCCAUUUAAGUACGUUAUAUAUUUCCCAUAUUUGUAUCUACAACUUCCAUGUAAAGUUUGACAGUAAGGAAUUGUAUUAACACAUAUAUAAAAUACUUUUAUAUAA